GAAGAAAAAAAAAAUAUAUUUUUGUUGCAGCAGAGAGAGGAAAGAUGAAGUUUGGGAAGGAGCUAGCUUCCCAAAUGGUGCAAGAAUGGCAAACAGCAUACAUGGACUACGACAACCUCAAAUCACUGCUCAAAGACGUCAUGAUUUUCCGACAAGAGCACGCGCUGACGUCAUCUUCUCCAUCGGGCCCGGAGGCCCGAUCGAGGGCCCUUAAGAGGAGGCUCACCAUGUACCGGGCCUUCAGCGGGCUGACGAGAGGAACCACCGUGAAAACCGAAGACGAAGUAAUACUAGUGAGCUCCGACGGCGGCGCCGCCGCGGAAACACAUUACCAGACCAUGUUCCUCAAAUCCUCCGAAGAAGGCGGAGAGUACGAGAUGGUGUUCUUCAGAAGACUCGACGAAGAAUUCAACAAAGUUGUCAAGUUUUACAAGGAGAAAGUUCAGGAAGUGAAAAUGGAGGCGCAAGAAUUGAACAGACAAAUGGAUGCUUUGAUUGCUUUAAGGAUUAAAGUGGAUAAACCUUAUGUAGAACACAAAUUUUCUCCCCGCCAAAUUAGGGUUCCAAACCCUGCUCCUGCAACUGUACUUGCAUCAGUCAAUCCAGUCAAGAAAGGAGUGAGAAUGGAUGCAAUACAUGAAGUUGAGAUGAGCAGUGAAGAAGGGGUUAAUUAUGGGGGUGGAUUGGAGAUGAGGAACAAGAAAAACAAGAAUGAUAUUAAUAGUUUUAGGCCUGCUCCUUUGGAGAUUUUGGAUCACGUGAAAAUCAAUGUCGAACCCAAUACUCCGGUUUCGACUUUAAAGAAUGUUUUGGGGAGUUCGAAAUCUGAUCUUUCUUUCAGCAAAGAUGAACUCAAAAGAGCAGAGGAGAAAAUGAUCAAAGUCUUCGUCGAAUUCUGUCAGCAGCUUCGACUUCUUAAAAGCUACUGUUUCUUGAAUAUGCUUGCAUUCUCCAAGAUAAUGAAGAAGUACGACAAGAUCACUACAAGGAGUGCUUCGAAAUCGUACUUGGAGAUGGUUGACAAAUCUUACCUCGGAACUUGCGAUGAGGUCAGCAAACUCAUAGAAAGAACCGAAGCCACAUUCAUUAAACACUUUGCGAACGGAAACCGCAGAAAAGGAAUGAAAUCUUUAAAACCGGGCCAUAAAGUAGAGAGGCACCGAACAACCUUUUUCCUUGGUUUAUUUACGGGUUGCUCAAUCGCACUAGCUGUUGCUAUUAUAAUCUCGAUACACGCUCGGGAUCUUCUUAAUCACGAAAGACGAGGGGAGUACAUGGAGAGCAUAUUCACACUCUAUAGUUUCGUUGGAUUCAUUGUCCUACACAUGGUUAUGUACGGAAUGAACACGUACUAUUGGAGGCAAUACCGUGUGAACUACCCUUUUAUAUUCGGAUUUAAACCAGGGACAGAAUUGGGAUUUAGAGAAGUACUCCUCGUUGCUUCCGGCCUUUCUGUACUCACAUUGGCUGCUGUGCUUUCGAAUCUCGAUAUGGAAAUGGAUCGAAGAACUGAACGUUUUCAGACAUUAACUGAACUCGUUCCACUUGCUCUAGUCCUUGUUGUUCUUUCGAUAACAUUUUGUCCUUUCAACAUAAUAUACCGCUCGAGCCGAUACUUUCUCCUUUCUUGUGCAUGGCACUGUCUUUGUGCUCCACUUUACAAGGUUACACUUUCUGACUUCUUCUUGGCAGAUCAGUUAACAAGCCAGGUGCAAGCAUUCAGAAGUAUACAGUUUUACGUGUACUACUAUGCAUUAGGAGAUUUCAGAAAGAGAUCGAACAAAUUCCUCGGAACCAGUGUUUAUGAUCUUUUGUACAUCGUAGUAGCCAUUAUUCCGUAUUGGUCGAGGGUUCUUCAGUGCCUUCGGCGAUUAUUCGAGGAGAGAGAUCCGAUGCAAGGGUUUAAUGCCCUAAAGUACUUAUCAACUAUUGCAGCACUUGUUAUGAGGACAAUGUAUAGUCUUAAUCUUAGGAAGCCCAUGUUUUGGAGAAUCAUGGCUGCAUCUACUUCGGGUUUUACGACUGUUUAUAAUACUUAUUGGGAUAUUGUAAUAGAUUGGGGUUUAUUGCGAAAGAAUUCGAAAAAUCCAUGGCUGAGAGAUAAGCUGCUUAUAUCGAACAAAGCUGUGUAUUUUGUGGCUAUAGUAGUGAAUAUUCUUUUGAGACUUGUGUGGAUGCAGUUGGUUCUUGAUUUCAACGAGACGAGGUUUCUACAUAGGAAAGCCAUGGUUACCCUUGUUGCCUGCUUGGAGAUUAUUCGUCGUGGCAUUUGGAAUUUCUUCAGAUUGGAGAAUGAGCAUUUCAAUAACGUCGGAAAAUAUAGAGCAUUCAAAUCAGUGCCGUUGCCAUUCCACUACGAAGACGAAAAGAUUAGGUGACAGAAUACAGCACACAUUAUAUGUUUUUGUGUAUACGAAAAAAAAUCGAAGGGUGUGGAAUAUUAUUUUCUUCAUUUGUAUUCUUUUCACAUUUGUAUCAAUGUACACACGAAUAUUCGUUCAUAAAUGCAGUUUAUUUACUUC